AUGGCUGCGAACGCCCCGGGUCCAAAGACUGCUCCGUUGACGUGUCCGGGCCACACGCGUCCUGUUGUGCAUCUGGAGCACUCGGAGAAGCAGGAUGAUGGGACCUACCUCAUGUUGUCGAGCUGCAAAGACAGCAACCCCAUGCUUCGCGACUGGCUCGGUGACUGGAUUGGGACAUUUUUAGGCCACAAGGGUGCCGUUUGGAGUGCCAAGCUCUCGGGUGGAGACGCGGCGCGUGCGGUGACGGGCAGUGCUGACUUCUCGGCAAAGGUGUGGGACACCUAUACUGGGGAGUGUGUGCAGACCUAUUCACACAAUCAUAUUGUGCGCAGCGUGGCCGUGAACCAUGCAGGCACGCAGCUGCUGACGGGCGGCCACGAAAAAAAAUUGCGUCUAUUUGAUCUGCAAAAGGCAGGCACUUCCGCAGACGACGCACAGCUGUUCAAAACGAACGACCAAGGCACAACACACGACGGUGUGAUUCGCAGUGUCGUGCUUGGCCGCGGCACGAAUGGCGCGGAAAAUGUGGUGGUGACGGCUGCAGAAGACAAGCUGAUCCAGUGGUGGGAUCUGCGGACGCUUGAGCCCGUGCACGAAAUGACGCUCGACGAGCCGUUUGUCUCGAUGGACCGUUGCACCGGUACAUUUGGCGAAUACAUCACGAUUACCGCUGGGAAGGAUGCCAUGUUUGUGGAUUUGGCAAGUCACGAAGUGGUCAAGAAGCAUACACUCGACGUCGCCCCCUCGUCCGUGUACCUGCACCCCACGCAAGCCGACCGCUUCGUGGCAGGCAGCACGGCAGACGAAUGGGUGCGCGUAUACGACUACAACACCGCCGAGGUUCUCGAGCUGAGCAAGGGCCACCACGGUCCGGUGCACUGCGUGAGCUACUCGCCCGACGGCGAGGUGGCGGCCAGUGGCAGCGAGGACGGCACGAUCCGCCUAUGGCAGGCCCACCCCGGUACCAAGUAUGCAGACAUCUUUGACGAGCAUUGCCGCCUGAUCGCCAAGCCCAACACUUGCACGUAUGAAUCGUGCGGCAAGAGCUUUGCGCGCAGGUCGGAUCUAAAGCGCCGUGCCUUUGGCGACUCGAGCUCCUUGUCGCGCCACACUCGCACCCACGCGGGUAUGCGGCCGUACAAGUGCAAGGAGCCUUGGUGUGGUAAGGACUACACUCGCAAGGCCACGCUGCGCAUCCACGAGGUACGCAACCACCUCGAGGACAACGGCCAGGGAAGUGCCGACCGAGGGUGCAGCCGCCACGAAUGUGGGGCCCACGAGCCAGAGCUUGUCCGGUGCAACCUGUCGGGCAAUGUCAUUUAUGCCACGCGCGUCCCCCCCCGCCGCUUUGACGAGGCUCCUCCUCGUACUCGGGUACCCAACCUGCUCCACGACACUAACGUGACGCCGCCUACAACGCCGGAUGUGGUCGCUAGUAAUGCACCAUCCUGGGCGCCUUCGCUCGCGCAGCGGCGCCCUGUGCCCAUGCCGAGCCCGCUGUGCGUUGCGAACCUGGUGCAGGAGCUCCAGAGGCCAUGUACGCCCACCACGCCAGUCACGGAGCAUGCGAAUGCCAUGACGCUGCAGAACCUCCUUACAACGACCUUGACGCCUUCGCCCGUGUGCUGGAGCGCGCCUACGACGCCUGCCUACCCCACGACGCCGGUGUCGGCGCAUGCGGCGCAGGUACAGUGUGACGCACACAGCUCGUUCCUCGCGCCUAUGUCAGCACUAGCGACAUCGGCCAAGUGCGAGGCACAGAGUCCAUUCCCUACGCCGGCGCUAGCUCAAGCAUCAUCCGUCAAGUACGAGGACUCGAGCCCCCUCGCCACGCCCGUCUCAGCUCAAGCAGCGAACAUGUACGACGCCCAGAAUCCGCUGCUUGCCUCGAUCUUGGCCGGCGCAACGCCCGUCAAGUACGAGGUGCAAAGCGCAUUACCGACGCCACUCUCGGCUCCAUCCACCUCGGCAAAGUACGAGACCCAAGACACGUUCCUGGCGCCCGUAUCGGCGCAUGCACCUGUCCCGUACGAGGUACACGACCCAUUUUUUGCUCAGGCGGCAGCACACGAAGCGCAAAUUAAGCUGGAGUCCCAAGACUCAUUCAUCCCUCCGCUGCAGUCGUUUGUCGACGCGCUUUCAUACACGCCCCACGCUAUGACACACCCGCACAGCCUGCAUCGACGCGUCUGGCUUUUCCCGGUGGACGAGGGAAUGACGGAUGGGCAGGCCGUUAAGCACGCCAGCGUGCCCGCGGGUGAUGCGGAGGACGAGCUGAUGACGCAGCUUUGUCAUCGGUACUACCAGUCGAUGUACUACUCCCAAAUCCAGGAGAGUGUGUUGGUUGCCAUCAACCCGUUCCAUACACCUGUCGAUGUCAAUGGGGACGAUGUGCUGCGCGAGUAUACGCGCGCGUACCGCGACAUGCGGUACACGACCAACAGUAAUCCUGUCCCUCCUCAUAUCUUUGGCACGGCGUGCAAUGCAUACUACUAUAUGCAGCGCACCGGCCAGGACCAAAGUUUAUUCUUCCUCGGUGAGACGGCUAGUGGAAAGAGCGAGGCACGCCGCCUUGCGCUCCGCGCAUUGCUGAGCCUGAGUACAGCACUUCCCGGCAAGCGCGGCGCACGCCUCGCAAUCCAGCUGCCGGCCGCGCUGUACGCGAUGGAAUGUUUCGGCAACGCUGAAUCGGACGAAAACGCGAAUGCGUCCGGCAUGGCGCUCUACUCGGAGCUGCAGUUUAGCAAGAAUGGCCGAUUGCUGGGCAUGAAAAUGCUCAACUACUACCUCGAGCGCAGCCGGGUAUCGCCGCUGCGCACGACAGAACGCACCUUUCAUGUAUUCUACAUGCUGAUCGCAGGCGCCUCGCCCGAGGACCGCAACCGCUGGCGCUUUGAUGAUGCCCCAAGCUUCCGGUUGCUCACAACUAGUGGCCGAGGACCCCCUGCAGGCGAUGCGGGUGUGCUCAUCGCACGCUAUGAGCGUCUGGUGAACGCACUAGACCUCGUCGGCAUGCCGCCAGUGCAGCGCGCGUCGCUCUUUGAUAUGCUCGCUGCUAUUCUGCACAUUUCGAACCUUGACUUUGUGCAGGACGACGGGCCACACACUGCGGCGCGUGUCACGUCCGAAGAGCCGUUGUACAUUGCCGCCGCGCUGCUCGGCGUCGGCGCCAGUGCGCUUGCGAAUGCUUUGACACACCUGACCAAGGUGGUGAAGGGCGACCUGUGCACGGUCAUGCUCGACGCAAACGGCGCCGCAGCGAACCGCGACGCUCUCAUGCGCAUGCUCUACUCGCUCGUCUUUGCAUGGCUGAACGAGCAGAUGAACCAGCACCUGUCCAACGACCAAUUCCACACAUAUAUCGGCCUGCUCGACUUGCCGGGCUGGGGCAACCGCGUGUACAACACACUCGAUCAGUUUGCAGUGAACCUCGCACAAGACACGGUGCACCGUCACAUGUCGCGCGUCUUGCUUGAGCGCCGCAUCGACGAGAUGGACCGCGAGGGGUUGUCGCACAUGGCGCCUCUCCCGGUACCAAGUGACGAGACGGAGCGUCUGCGUCUCUUGACGCACAUGCCUGGUGGCCUGGUGCACAUCAUGGACGACCAGACCCGCCGCCGUCCCCGCAAGUCGGACCAGACAAUGGUUGCUGCGAUGCAAAAGCGCUGGAUGAACCACGAGGCACUCCGAAUCGAUACACCGGACCACCUCGGUCCCCAGGCCUUUGUUGUAACGCACUUCCAUGGCAACGUGUCGUACGAUCCCCAUGCAUGGCUGGAUCGCAACGACGAAUCGUUUGCCCUCGAGCACGUCUCACUGCUCCGGGGCGCCGACCGCCACUCGGAUGGUACGACUGGUCUUGGCUCGUCGAAUGCAUUUGUGCGUGGCCUCUUCCAGAGCGCAGCCGUCUGGACGCAGCUCCCGCACCAUAGCGGUGCGCCAGUCGUCGGAACACAAGCAGGGCUGCGUCCUUUGCGUGCGCCUUCGACAAAGCGCGUUGCUCGCAGCGGCACUCUGCGGGCCUCGACGUCGCGGCGCCAGCGUGCCACGGAUGAGGACGAAGACACGUACGGCGCUGAGAUGCUCGAAGCUCCCAAGCCGCCGCCCACGAACGAGAUGCCAUGCGUUCUCGGCGAGCUCCAGAACGCGCUUGGAACGCUGAUGGAAGUUAUCGACGAAACCAAGGCUUGGUUCGUCUUGUGCCUGCGCCCGAACAGCAACCAGCUCGCGAACCAAUGCGAGGCGCGCAUGAUUCGACGCCAGGCACAUGCCCUCGGCCUCGCACGGCUGCGGCACGGGCAUGCGCGCGAUUACAGCGUGACAUUGACUUAUGUCGAAUUCUGCGACCGCUACGGCACACUCGAUGGCCUCGAGCAGCUGGGUCUGCUCGGCGCGCCGUCGUCUGAAGCCAAGAUGCGCGUGAGUGAUGCGUGUGCGCUUAUGAACUGGUCGGAUGCGCACGUCGCGAUGGGUAUGCACAAGGUCUUUUUGUCGCACGAAGUCUUCCGUGAGCUUGAAGAUGCACUGCGCUUGCGUGAUCCCGAAGAGGUGCAGUACAACCUGCGCAAGGCUGCGGCAGAGGACGAGUUGAUGGAGGACGGUCAGGUGGACCCGUACUCACCAUAUGCCGACGUUGCUGCGCCAUCGGAAGACAUGCCGAAUCCGUUCGAGCCGAUCGAGGCGUGGCACCCUGCAUUUACGUACGCUGGCGAGUACGACGCAGAAGAAACGCAAACGCUUCUCAACAUGGACACAAGCGAAGAGAAAGGCAUCGCUGAGGAUGAUGCCUUGAUGAGCGAUGCGCUCGACGCCGGUCCAGGCGAUACUGGCACAGCCGAUGGUCCGCGCGUCACAGAAAAGGUCAAGGUCUCGACGCUGCGCAAGCAGUGGGUGGCGCUGACAUGGCUCUUUACGUGGUGGAUUCCGUCGUUUGUGUUGAAGCGCUUCAAGCGUUUCAAGCGCUCCGACGUGCGUAUGGCCUGGCGCGAAAAGCUGCUCAUCAACAUGAUGAUUUGGUUCGUGUGUCUCUGCUCGAUUUUUGUCAUUGUCUUUUUGGGCAAUGUCGUGUGUCCAAAAGAGCACCUUAUCAGCAGCAAUGAGUUGUCAGGCUACAAAGGCAAAAAGGCAUAUACCGCCAUCCGCGGCGAAGUGUUUAACUUGAAUGGUAUCAUUGACGGUCACGCCGCCGCCAUUCCGGUUGUCUCGCGCAAGACGCUGCAACAGUACGCGGGUGUGGAUGCGACCAAGAUUUUCCCGGUGCAGGUCAACGCGCUGUGCAACGGUGUGUCUGGCACAAUUUCGCCGUGGGUGACGCUCGACAAUAACAACAACACUGAUGCCAAUGCACAGUACCACGAUUUCCGUGCUUACAAAGGUGUGGACGUGCGUCCAGACUGGUACUACGAGCAGAUGUGGUACAUGCGCAACCAGUAUCGCGUCGCAAUGAUUGGAUACACCCCCAAGGAGAUUGACAAUGCGCAAGAGGACGGGCGGACUCUCGCCGUGUACAAUAAAGACAUUUACGACAUCUCGGACUAUGUCGCACAAGGCAAUCGUGGAGGUGUUUUGGUCCCGGAAGGCAUGGCCCCCCCUGCCAAUCUCGACCGCACCAUCCUCGCACCCGAGAUUGUGAAUCUCAUUGCACAGAAUCCUGGCGCAGAUAUUACCAAACGUUUCGACAAUCUGCACCUGGAUCCAGCCGUGCUCGAGCGUCAGCGCAUCUGUCUGCGCAAUCUCUUUUACAUCGGCCAAGUCGAUCAUCGAGAUUCGCCGCGUUGUACAUUCUCCAAGUACAUUUUGCUUGCGCUGUCGAUCAUCAUGGUCGCCACCGUCGGCUUCAAGUUCUUCGCGGCACUGCAGUUUGGCAGUGCACGGCCGCCCGAGGCGCAGGACAAGUUUGUCAUCUGCCAGGUUCCGUGUUACACUGAAGACACCGACUCGAUCCGCAAGACGGUCGACUCGCUUGCGAAGCUGAAGUACGACGACCGUCGCAAACUGCUCAUCCUUAUUUGCGAUGGUAACAUUGUCGGUGCAGGGAACGACGCGCCCACGCCACAGCUCGUGCUCGACCUCUUGGGUGCUGACACUAGCACCGAGGUGGAGCCGCGUAGUUUCGUGUCCCUCGGUGAAGGUGCGAAGCAGCAUAACAUGGCACGCGUGUACAGUGGCUUGUACGAACACGCCGGGCACAUGGUUCCCUACCUUGUCAUCGCCAAGUGUGGCCAGCCGAGUGAGACGACGCGUCCCGGUAACCGUGGUAAGCGUGACUCGCAGCUGGUCCUGAUGCGUUUCCUGAACAAGGUGCACUUUGGUCUGCCCAUGAGCCCCCUCGAGCUCGAGAUGUACCAUCACAUCAAAAAUAUUAUCGGUGUGAAUCCCAGCUUUUACGAGUAUAUUUUGCAAGUGGAUGCCGAUACUGAAGUCGAGCCCACGUCGCUUACACGCCUCGUCGCGUCGAUGGUGCACGACAAGAAAAUCAUCGGGCUGUGUGGUGAGACGGCAUUGGCGAACGAGCAGCAGAGCCUCACGACGAUGCUGCAGGUGUACGAAUACUACAUUUCUCACUUUAUGGUCAAGGCUUUCGAGAGCCUCUUUGGCUCGAUCACCUGUUUGCCUGGUUGUUUCUCCAUGUUCCGCAUCCGCACGCCCGACACGCAACGCCCUCUUUUCAUUUCUAAUACCGUGCUGGACGACUAUGCGGAAAACCGCGUGGACACGCUACACCUCAAGAACCUGCUGUACCUCGGUGAGGACCGCUACCUCACGACACUCGUCUUGAAGCACUUCCCCGACUACAAAACGACCUUUGUGCGUCACGCGCGCUGUUUGACGACAGCGCCGGACAGCUGGCGUGUGCUGCUUUCGCAGCGUCGCCGCUGGAUCAAUUCGACGGUGCACAACCUGGUCGAACUGCUGCGUACUCCGCAGCUCUGUGGUUUCUGUCUCUUUUCAAUGCGCUUCAUUGUGAUGAUUGAUCUACUGUCGACAAUUAUUGCGCCGGUCACGAUUGGAUACCUGGUCUAUCUCGUGAUUGUCGUGACGGUGGAAGGAGGUACGAUUCCCCUUACCUCGGUCAUUCUCCUUGCCGCGAUCUAUGGUCUGCAGGCCAUCAUUUUCUUGUUGCAUCGCCGCUUUGACAUGAUCGGAUGGAUGAUUGUGUAUAUCCUUGCGCUGCCGGUGUGGUCGCUGAUUUUGCCGCUCUACUCCUUCUGGCACAUGGACGACUUCUCGUGGGGCAACACGCGUAUUGUCACUGGCGAUCAUGGUGAAAAGCUCGUCGUGCACAACGAAGGCACCUUUGAUCCCGCCGAGAUUCCCCAUAUGACCUGGGAGGAGUACGAGAACGAGCUGUGGGAGAAGCGCUCUGGGCAAUCGGAUAAUGCGAGCUUCGCCGAGCACCCCCGUGUGCCCAUGUCCAAGUCGACGCGUGCUCUGUUGACGCGCGCGCCGAGCCUAUACGGUCAUGCCACGCACCCGGUUCCCGAGCUUUCGGAGCCGGAGGCUAUGCGGCACAGCAAGGCGUACACCGAUGGCCCCGAUGCGAUGGAUGCCGCCUGGCUCGCCCAGGAGACCUCGUCGUUGAUGGGCCACGGCGAAUACGAGAUGGGCCACCUCGGCAAGCGCCCGAUGAGCCAUGCUUCGUAUGGCUAUUCAUCGUAUGGCCACGGUUUCCCGAUGGAGCCCGCGCCCGAAUACGGUGUGGACCCCUACCAGGCGCCGAUGCAGCCGAGCGGUUAUGCGUGGGAGGCGGCUGCGCCCCGCGCGCCGUCCGCCGCCUUUGCGCCGUCCGAGCCUGGAACGCCUCCUGCCCAAGGUACCCUCAUUGAUACACGCCCCAACAGGCUGCCGCAUGACGAGGUGAUCCGGCACGACAUCCGCUCGAUCAUUGCGGAAAGUGAUCUGACAACGAUCACCAAGCGUCAGUUGCGCAACCAGCUCCAGGACAAGUAUGGCUGUCCGAUCGAUGAGAAAAAAGCCUACAUCAAUGCGCAGAUCGAGGCCGCGCUGCGCGACGUGUAG